CUUCUGAAGCAUUACUAGAACGACUCGAUACCCCAUGAACGCGGAGAACGAAGAGCUUUGGAGCGAUCCAGAGGAAACGGACCAUGGAUCGAUGGUAUCCAUGGCCGUCCCAGAAUCACUACAUAACGCCUCUGUCCUCAGCGACGAGGCUGAAUCGGAGGACGGAGGGAGUGAGGACUCCGUCCUUUCCUACAACUUUGAGAGGGACGGCGAGAGAUUUUUCGUCCAGGAGGAAGGGAGGAGGUACAACAAGCUUAAUCGCUUGUACCCCCUUCCAGCCGAUGGCGAGGAAUGGCAAAGACUGUCGGACCUGCACGAGGUCCUCAAACUCUGUGUAGGCGGGCUGUAUCAGGCCCCAAUUACUGUGGACCGUCUGCUUGCCCACGCAGAAGGGGAGGAGAAGCACAUUUUGGAUUGUGGAUGUGGAGGCGGAGAAUGGAUGAUCGAAAUGGCGAGGAAAUUCCCUCAUGCAAAGGUUGUCGGCGUUGAUCUCGCGCCAGGGCUCAUCUGGGAAAUGAUGCCCCCCAAUUGCCGAGUGGAAUUUGAUGACAUCAACAAACCAUUGAGACAUUUCCGUGGAAAGUUCGAUGUGGUUCACGCUAGAUCGUGUUUCCUCGGUGUCGAUAAUUACGAACAAUUCCUGGACAGGAUGGUACAAUGCCUGAAACCAGGUGGUAUAGUAUUAGUCGUCGAAAGCCCGCUUCGGUUGACAGUACCGGAAGAUCUGGCAAUAAACGGCGGAAAUCUCGAGGCCCAGGUAAUCCAAAUGUUCCAGUGGGCGGAAGAUGCCAUAGAAGGCAAUGGAUCAGAUGUCAGGGCCAUCGACAACCUACAAGGGUUGGUAGAAGAACAUCCCCUGCUGGAGAAUAAGGAGUCCUUUGUUGCUACCGUCCCAGUCGGCCGAUGGGGAGGUGAGCACAUUGGUGGACUUAUGCAAGAAAAUUUUGUGAAAUUGGUGCAUGCGUUGGGACCCGUCCUCCUCAGGGCAGGGUAUCCUGCACCAAUGGUGGAUCAGUGGAUGGCAUCGGUUGAAGGGGCCCUCCGUUCCCCUUGGGCGAGGUUUACCUCGCGAUGGACAUACUGCUGUGCAUCACGGGUGCUGGAUGCAGAAGCAGACGAGGAUGACGGAGAGGAAGGAGAAUAACGUCGAUCCCUUUGUGCCCCGUGGUGAUAAAUAACUACAUACGGUGUCUGGAACCUAGAGACCUGCUAAUGCGGAGCUAUCCAUUGAGGAUGUAGGGUUGACUCCCUGUGGGAGUGCCAGCGUGCUGUAUUUCGAUGUCGCAACGAAGUGUAACGUCGACGGAUAGAGUCAUGGCUAGUCCAGCUACGGAUACUAGUAGAUGUGCUGAUCCCAAACGUACCAAAUCCAUGCCUGAUUCCUGCGUAUUAA